AUGGCGGCCCCGCUGAAGAGACAUGGCAUCUUGGCGGCUUGUAUUCUACUACUUGCAUGCACAGCAUGGAUAUCCUCACGGUUUAACAGCAGCGCUGCUUUUGAGCGGCCAAUGCACUUCUCCAUCUUGACCCUCUUCGAGUCCGGUCUACUCAUUGCGAUAUGGUGCAGACAGAUCUCGCCCUGGAAAAGUGCAACCAGCAGCGGGUAUCAACUGGCAACCUUUUCAACCUCGAAAAAUGACUGGCGAAAACGACUCCAAGCUGGCAUCGAUGUCGCGCGCAACCCUCGGUUCUUGUUGUCGCCCUAUUUCUUCCUAGGAUGCGCUAUCGUACUGCGAUCGCUGCUCUUUUGGCGCACUAUCCGCACGAUUCACUGCUCUUGGGAGAGCUUCGAGGUAUUCCUCCCAGCUCUUGUCGUCCUUUACACAACGUUUUCUCCCUCCACCAUACGACUCCAACAACACAAUGGUGACCAAGCUCGAUCUCGACGCUGCUGUAAUGUUGCUCACUUGCGCUACUUCGUCAUCGCCAUCGCUUGGGCCUGCGCCACGAGGGCCACUCUCGCCCUGUCAACACAGUCGGCCGGCGCAAUAUGUCCAGCAGGCUUUCUUCGGUGGGAGAGACAGAUCCCCAUAGCCCAGGUCGUUACUGUCAUUUUGGAUGCGCUGCUGCUGUUUUACCUGUGGAAAUGGCGGCAGGACACUGUGGAUGAUGCACCGCAGGCUUGGGGAUUCGUGUCAAAACUCUUUCUAGGGUCCGCAGGUGUUCUGGCUUUGCUUGCCUGUUUCUCCCUCCAUAACGCUCGAAACACCCGUUGGGCGUUUGGACUUCACUUUGUCGAAAUCAGAGAUCUACUGACGGACAGCACAGUGGCGUCGCUGGGGCUGAUAUUGGGAUUUUAUGUCAUGAGUGACAUGCAUCCUAGCACGUUGGGCAUGAUUGUCACUGCUUCAGGCGUUUAUGCCCAUCAGCUCGUCCGCAUGCUGCAAACCGCGCUACCCAUGGACGGCUCUCUGCCCUACAUGAUAGCUAGUGGUCUUACGAUAGUCGGCGUCGGCCUCCUUUUGCGAUACGAGAAGGAUAUCGCCAGCGCUUCUGGAUCUUCGUCGGGAGAUCCACGGCUCAUUAGGUUUCUCUUGAUGUGGUACGUCGUCCUGGUUGGCGUCCUCUGCGGAACCUACCUUAUCUUUUACCCGGACUUUAACUCCACCGAUACUCUAUCCUUCCCUGAUCUUCUCUCUGCGGCCAAUACCAAAUCCGACGCCUGGAUCGCGAGAGCGAAUCAGAGCUCCACCCUCGAGGUCGCGGCGAAAGAAUAUCAACAGCGUUAUGGUGUGGCACCACCUCCCAACUUUGAUAAGUGGUACGAGUACGCUGUCGCCAACGGUUCGCCCAUCAUCGACGAUUUCAGCCAGAUAAACGACGAUUUACUCCCGUUUUGGGGCGUUGAGCCGAAGGUCCUGCGAGAUCGUACCAAGCAUUCCUUGGAGAUACCGUGGCUUGGCAUUGGAGGCAUUCGGAUUCGUGGGGGAAAGGUCAACGUGGCUCCCGGUACGCCUGGAUCCCACAUGUGGAUGAUGACCUCUAUGAAGAACAUGAUUGAGGACUUUGCCGAGCAUCUCCCCGACAUGGACCUUGCCAUCAACCUGAACGACGAGCCUCGCGUGGCGAUCCCUUUCGAAGACAUGUCUGAACUUCACGGCGUUGGCUUGGAAUCGAGGACGAAGCUCCUCAAUUCGGAUGAUCGAAAGACGUUUGACAGAUCCAAGUCAGCAGUUUGGGGUGACGACGAUGCUGUUAAGGGACCCGAGCAGCGGUCACCCUUCUUCGAAGACCGCAUCCGAGAUCAAAACUACUACGACUUUGUUGCUCCAACCUGUCCGCCUGACUCGGCCGCCCGGAACACGAGAUGGUGGAGCCGCAAAGAGGCGUGCCGUGGAUGUCUCCUGCCGCAUGCUAUCCGCGUCUUUGAGGCGCUCGAGAACCCCGUCGUCUCGAACUGGACCUCAGCUACAGACCUCUGCCACCAGCCGGACUUGGCAUACCUUCACGGAUUUCUAUUGUCUCCGGCGCCGGCCCUUUUCACCAGAGAUGCGUUUCCCGUGUUCAGUCAAAGCAGAACGUCGGGGUUUGCUGAUAUAUUGGUGCCUUCGCCUUGGAAUUACGAUGACAAGGCCGCGUACGAUGAGAAAGAGGACAUGGAAUGGAGUAAAAAGAAGAACACCAUGUUCUGGAGGGGGUCAUCGUCGGAUGGGUAUGCAGCCUGGGGCUCGUGGCAGGGUUUCCUCAGGGCUCGGUUCGUCCAAGCUGCAAAUUCGAUUAUGAGGGUUACCAAACUCCAACAGGAUGGUCGGACACUGGUCUUGGGACCGGAUGAUCUGCCAAAUUUUGAUGUUGGCUUCGUGAGCAGAUGGACCAAGUGUCACCGAGAGGACUGCCAAAGCGAAAAGGACACCUUCUGGGGCAUCGGCCAGGACUCACCCGACAAGUCCCAGGUCCCCUUCACCGACCAUUGGAAGUACGCACACCUGAUGGACCUCGACGGCGCGGGAUUCAGCGGGCGCUUCAUCCCCUUCCUCCGCAGCAAGAGUCUCGUAUACCGCUCCGGCCUCUUCCGGACUUGGUUCAACGAGAGGGUCCACGGGUGGCGUCACUACGUCCCGGUCGAUGUGCGACUCCACGAGCUGUGGGAUCUCCUUUCGUACUUUGGAAUUGACACGGAAGGCAAGAGGCGAGCAGAGGCCAUUGCGGAAGAAGGCAGGGCGUGGAGCCGCAAAGCGCUCCGGAGAGAAGACAUGCGUAUCUACAUGUUUCGGCUACUACUGGAAUGGGGACGACUUGUGGACGAUGAGCGAGAUCAACUUGGUUUUGCGGUUUGA